UGAGUCUAGUGUCAGGGUUGGGGAGCCCCAGCACCACAUCUGGAUCCGGCCCAGCCAUGGCAUCGCUGGAGCCAGGCCUCGCCGGCUCCCUGAACCAUGGCCAAACCCAGCCUUACGGCACCAACGGCUGCCCCGUCCCCCUGCAGCGCCCCAGCGCCCGGGAUCAGACCUACCUGAACGAGCUCGUCAGCAUCCCCAAAGGCGGCGGGCCUGGUUUCAGCUUUAGGAAGCUCUGGGCUUUCACUGGUCCCGGCUUCCUCAUGAGCAUCGCGUACCUGGACCCGGGCAACGUGGAGUCGGACCUGCAGUGCGGGGCUGUGGCCGGGUUCAAGCUGCUGUGGGUGCUGCUGUGGGCCACCGUCCUGGGCCUGCUCUGCCAGCGCCUGGCCAUCCGGCUGGGGGUCGUGACUGGGAAGGACCUGGGCGAGAUUUGCUACCUCUAUUACCCCAAGGUGCCCCGGGUGCUGCUGUGGCUCAUGAUCGAAAUAGCCAUCAUUGGCUCGGACAUGCAGGAGGUGAUCGGGACGGCCAUCGCCUUCAGCCUGCUCUCGGCUGGCCGCAUCCCCCUCUGGGGUGGGGUCCUCAUCACCAUCGUGGACACCCUCUUCUUCCUCUUCCUGGACAAGUACGGGCUCCGGAAGCUGGAGGCUUUCUUCGGUCUCCUCAUCACCAUCAUGGCCCUGACCUUCGGCUACGAGUACGUGAUGGUGAAGCCGGCGCAGUCAGAGGUGCUCAAGGGGAUUUUCCUGCCCUACUGCCCGGGUUGCGGGCGAGAGGAGCUGCUGCAGGCCGUGGGCAUUGUCGGUGCCAUCAUCAUGCCCCACAACAUCUUCCUCCACUCCUCCUUGGUCAAGACCCGGGCGAUCGACCGCUCCAAGAAGGAGGAGGUGCAGGAGGCCAACAUGUACUUCCUGACUGAGUCCUGCCUGGCCCUCUUCGUCUCCUUCCUCAUCAACCUCUUCGUCAUGGCUGUCUUCGGCGAGGCCUUCUACCACCAGCGAAACGAAGAUGUGCACGACAAGUGUGUCAACAGCAGCGUCAGCCAGUAUGCCAGCAUCUUCCCCCCCAACAACCAGACCGUGUCUGUGGACAUCUACCAGGGGGGUGUCAUUCUGGGCUGCUAUUUCGGGGCCGUGGCGCUGUACAUCUGGGCUGUGGGGAUCCUGGCAGCGGGGCAGAGCUCCACCAUGACCGGGACCUACGCGGGGCAGUUCGUCAUGGAGGGAUUCCUGCAGCUCCGCUGGUCCCGCUUCGCCCGGGUGCUCUUCACCCGCUCCUUCGCCAUCCUGCCCACCGUCUUCAUCGCCGCCUUCAAGGACGUCAGCCACCUCACGGGCAUGAACGACCUGCUCAACGUGCUGCAGAGCAUUCUGCUGCCCUUCGCCGUCCUGCCCGUCCUCACCUUCACCAGCCUGCGCCCGCUCAUGAAUGACUUCACCAAUGGCCUCCUGGGGAAGGUGCUGAUGACCCUCAUCACGGGACUGGUCUGCGCCAUCAACAUCUACUUCGUGGUGGACUUCCUACCCACGCUGCAGAGCCUGGGCUACUACAUCCCCCUGGGCCUGGUGCUGGCCGCCUACGUGGCUUUCAUCGCCUACCUGAUCUGGACCUGCUGCAUCGCGCACGGAGCCCGGUUCCUGGCCCGGGGCCACCACAGCAAGUUCAGCUUCGGCCUCUCCCUUGAGGCGCCGGGCCCGGCGGGGCCGCGGUGACGGGCUCUGACUGCCCCCUGUGACUGCCACCCCCCGCUAUCUGGCACUGCUGCCCCCCCCACCACACACUGGCCCGGCACCCCCCCAGCCCGAGGGGGCUGUGCUGGGGAGGGGGCAACCGGCAGGGAAGGGGUUAACAGCCGGGGCCCCCCCCAGCUGCGGGGGGCUGCAGGCUGCAGGCAGGUGGGGAGCAGUGGAAGGUGCCCCCUCCACCCCCGCCUGUGGCACCGAGGACUAAGUGAAUUAGCUGCCCCCAGGGACCCCCUUCCAAUUAGAGCUGGGAGCCGGCGCCGCUAAUCACCUGCUCGCCACUAAUCACCUGCUCGGGUGCCGGGCACCGUGGGGACGGGGUCCCCGUGGCAGGGGCCCCCCGGCGCUGCCCUGUGCCCCAUGUGCAGCACGACGGGGAGGGGGUGAAGGUGCCCCCUGGCCAGGGCUCCUGCCGGGAGCCGGGUGAUAAACCGAGUGUUUGCAGCCCGCCUGCCGCCUCACUGCUGUGGGGCCGUUGCUGCCGUGGGGCCUGUGCCCUCCCCUCCCACCAGCUCUCAGGGCGCCCCUCAGCCCCAGGGGCGCCCCGUGCGCGCCGCGGGGGUGACAGGGCACCAGGGCGAGCGGCUGGUCGGGCUCGCCUUGGGCAGCAGGGCCGCCCCGGCUGGCAGGACGGCGGCUCUCCGGCAGCUGGGUGCAACCACUCCUGCGAUGAAAGCACCAGUCUCUGCUGGGGGUGCGGUGCGCAGAGGUGCCACCCCUUGGGAGGGUUAAUGGAGGGGGACAGGGAGCUGGGGGGCCGGGGCUGGCGGGGCAGCGCCAGGGCUGGGGGCGAGCGGGGAUCUGGGGGUCCGUGUCCCCCCCCCCCCCCCCGGCCGUGCCACCGCGGCUCCCGCCCCGGAUGCCCCGUUUCCCGCCUCCGGGCCGCCGCCACCGCCGCGUGCGGCGCGGAGCCGCCCGGGCCCUCGGGGGCGGCCGCGGCCCCACACCGGGGGGGCCGGGGGGUCCCCCCGCGCUUCACCCCCCGCCGCGGCCCGCACUUGCGAGACGCUCCCUGGCUGUUUCAAGGCUCCCCCCGCUCCCAGCCACCCCCCCCCCCAUCCCCAAAUCCCCCCUCCCAAACAAGCCUGCGGGGGGGGGGCACAUUGGGGUCCCGCGCCCCGACCCCCCCCCCGGGGCAGGGACCCCCCCCCCGCUCGGCAGCUCCGCGCUUGUUUAUGUGAAGAAUUUCCCCUUCCUUAAAAGGGCGAUGCCCGCGCGGGGUGGGGCGGGUCCUCCCCCCCGCCGCCCCGUUGGCCCAGCCGCGGGUUGCUCGGAGGCUGCUUGAAGGAGGAGCCAAAGCGGUGGGCCCCAGCGAAAGGCGGGGGCACCCCCGGGGGGGGGCUGCAGCCAGCAGGGCCCAUGGCCCCCCCACACGGCCUAGUGGGACCCUCACCACCAGCCCUGGGGGGCCCUGGGGGCGGUGGGGGGGCAAGGGGGGCUCCCCGGGGCUGGGGGGCCGAGGGGCUUGGUGACCGUCCCCCCGGGUGCAGGGCAGGAGGGUGCUGGGUGCCAGGGCACAGCGGGGGACAGGCACCCAGCCCAGGGGUGGGGGGGCUGGCGGGACGCAUGCUGUGGGAAGGGGAGACCCCCGGGCCGGGGGCACAAAGAGGCACAGGGAUCUCGGCGGUGGCAGCGGGGUCACCGGAGAGGACGGGCUCGCUCCUGCCCUCCAGCCAGCUGCUGCUUGCCCGCUGCUGUGGGCAGGAUGAGGCCCACGUCUCUGCGAGCCGCGGCCUGGCCCAGACACGGUGGGGACAGCUGCAGCCAGGGACCCCUCACUACUGCCACCCGGACACCGCGGGCCUUGAGAGUGUCCUAAUUGCAUUAGAGGACAGGCAAGGCCUGGAGUGAAGGAGCUGGUGCUUACAGACGGCUGGGCAGGGCAGGAUCCGACCUGGGCCAGAGCUUUAGGAGUGCCACGUGUGCCCGCGCGGGGUGGCCGGCUCUGCCCCUCACCCAGCGCUGCUCCGAGGAGCUGUGGGGCAAGGGGCAGAGCCCCCCGGGCGAGGGAGUUGUGCAUGGGCCCAAACAGAGCCCGGAGGAAGCACGGCCUCUUCCUCUUCCUCCAGCUGGGCUGGGAGGGCAGCGCCGGUCCCCGACGAGGGGCAAUCGCUGCCGCCCAGCGCGCCGUGCCUCUGCAGCGGAGGGCAGGGAAACCGAGGCACGGGCUGGCUGUUGCCGCCAGAGUGGGCAGGUGGCGAGGACAAGGCGGCCCUGGGGCUGCUGCCGAGCGGGGCCAAAACCCCCGAAACGAGUUCGGACGGGAUGUUUCCGACCUGAGCAGGGCCACGAGGGAGGCUUCGGCCGGGCAGGAGGCGACAGGGGCUUGGGGUGGCGGUGGCCUCCGAGCAGGCCCAAUUCUGCACCUCAGCUCGCCGGCAGCCGGGUGCAGAGCUGCCCUGGGGGGGGCCACCAGGGCUCCAUGGGGACCGGCAGGGAGGGCAGCGGGGGGGGAUUUGGAAAGAAGGCGAGCGGGUGGCGGUGCCUCCAGCACCCCUUGCCCCAUCGCACUGCCCUCCCGGAGCUGAGGGACCCCCAAGCACAGCCGAGGGGUGCAGACCCCCCCGAGCCACCCCCAUAGCGUCACUACUGUGACCCCCCCCGUCCCGAGCCGCGAGCGCUGCUGCACCCCCCGGCGGCACCUUUGAGUGCUGCCAUGGCCCAGCGCGCCCCCCCGCCCCCCCGCCGAGCGGGUCACCCCGGCGGGGGCAGCCCCCCCCCCGCGGCCGACUCUCGCUGCGGGCCCCCCCGCGGCGGGGCGGGGGCGAGGGGGGGCUGGCGUUGCCCUUUUAAGGGGUUCCUUGAAACCGCGUCCGGGUUCCAUGUUUGUAGCAAAAAUUGUGCAGAGGAAA